GGGAGACGGUGGCGGGAUGUCGCACGCGCGUCUCGGAGGCAUCUCGGCUGGCCCGGCUUCGCGAGGGCCCGGCAGGUAUCGGUGGAUGGAGCCGGCGCUGGCUGAAGCCGCCGUAGAAACCGGCUUCUGGUUUGGUGGCAGCCGGCAGCGGCGUUGCAACGCAGCUCCCCGUGCGGAGGCAUGAAGCCGCUCCGAGAACCGGGCCAGGGGUACCAGCGGCUUUAUAUGGUGCGCCGAGGGGCUUCCCCCUGAUUUGGCCUGGGUGGCUUGCAACGAUCCGGAGGAAAAGAAAAACAAAAAACUAAAGCGCGUUUCCUCCCCCUAUAAUGGGACCGGGCAUCGGAGGUUAUCCCGUCUCCCUGCACAGAGGAAGCCUGCAAAACCUGCUUCAUGAAACCCACGAAGGGAGCGGAAUGGUAACUUCCAGUGGAGGAAAGAACCACUCAGGCACAAAAGAACUAAAGAAAUCAACGUUUCUAAAACCUUCUUCCAAGAGGCCAGCGAAAAACACAUCUGCUGUUGCAGAAAAGGUUCCCGUAGAGGCUACAGACAGACAGAUAACAGCUCAAUACAAAGAAAAAAAGCAGGUUUAUGAAGGGCAUCCAUCAAACAGAGUGCCCAGGUUGAAAAGAGAACUUCCUGUUAGAAAAAGUCACGAGGCCGGGGGUAACAAAACUCUUACUGCAUUUAAAGAUGUCUUGUGGAGUCCUUUCAGCGGGACAGAAGAUGCGAGGAUUCAGAGGUUUUAUGGCGGACCAAAAGGCGAUUUGGAAAGGAACUCGGGAGAGGAGGUGGAGGAAGCAGGCCCCAGCGCUCUUUCCUGUCAGGAGGUUACGACCGAGGCCAUGUUUCUGGACUUCGGAUCUUUGCAAAUGAUGAAAGAGGAAGACUCCGAGGAAGACGACGCCAGCGACCUUUCCGAUUCCGAAAGAAUUCCUAUCCCUCCGUCGCCUUGCUCUCCACCAGAGCUCAAUUUGCGAGCUGAGGAGAUCGACCCUCUUUGCUUUGAGCACCACUUCGAGACGCAACGGAAGCAACCGGACUACCGUUACCCAGACUUCCUCCCGCCACCUUUUAACACCUGGGACUUGAAAGGGUUGGCUGCGUUCAUCAACACCGAGUGCAAAUCGGAACCCCGCCCGGAACCGACUGGAUUUCUUGAGAAGUACGUGGAUCGUAUUUUGGAGCUGGAAUGGCUGCAAACGCAAACUGUACAAGCGGAGAAAGGAAAGGGAACCAAAGCUCGGGCUCAGACUGCUCCUAGCGUCCUCCGGUCCCUGAAAAGUUCCGGCAAAAGCAAGUUAUUGCACAGCCCUUUAGCCAAUAAACAGUUGACUCUCCCUGGAAACUUUCCAAGACUCCCCAAUGCAGGUCUCAAAAAGGACUUCCAUGGGGACAAAACCAGCCAGGUGGCAUCCCUUGAGAGUCAGUUAAAGGGCAAUGGACCCCCCAACCAAGGCUCAUCAGCCCAUCAGAGGAGACCAGCGGAAGCGAAGAACGAGACCAAAAAGCGGCCUGCCCUGAAGCAGCAUUUGGCCAGUAUGCCUUCUUUUGAGAUGCAGGAAUCCCCCAUGAUCCAUGGAGCUGGUAACAUGAGACCUCCCAAGCCGUCUUCUUCAUUCCACGGCUCCACCGUCCCCCUUAAGGGGUUACCAGCCCAUAUAUGUCCAAAUCCCAAGAAUGGAAAGAUGAAUAAUUACACACCUCCCAAAAAGGCCUCAGCAGAUCCCAAGCUAAAAGCAAACGGCCUGAAACAAACACGGUGCAAAUUUAAAUAAUGCUGGGGCGGUGGGGUUUAUUGCUUUGGUACAGCAAGGUCCGGCACCUCCCUUUUCCUUGUUGCAGGAAGAAUGUAGAAUGGUGGUUCUUGAACUUCGAAGGUAGACUUUCACAGGGAGAUGUCAUCCUGUCCUCGACUUCUCAUCCUAUGUUGUGAUUGGUGCCCUGAAGACAAGAAUUGUGAUUCAUCUCUUCCUCAACUACACUAUUGGGCACAUAGGUAUCCUCGCCCUUGUGAUGUUUGCAAUUACAGUGUGAGAUUUUUGGUCUUCCUGGGACUCCUUCCAUAAGCAUGUAACAUCAAAUCCGUGGCACGACAAAACCGUGCUCCACUAAAGCGCGCCCGAUUAAACCGC